GCACAGUGGCGCUGCUGUACCCCCCGCUGACUCCACCGUACUGUACUCCUCCGCCCUCCCGACGCCAACCCACAGCAACAUGAUACCGGAGACGAGCGGUCCAGACAAGCCAACAAAUGAGGCGUUCCCAUCAGCCCAGCCUGUCUGUUUGUCUGCCUAACGGAGCUCCAAAGAGUCUGGGACCAGCGCAGUCGACCGCCGCGGGGGGAGAGAUCUCUACCGGAGAUAUAAGUCUCCCACUCCACCGCGUGCUACCGCUUCAGUAGUAUUUUUUAGCGUGUGGAAAAGUGGCUGCGUGCCAUUUUUACCGUAAACAAAUCGCUCACGAGAAGACCGACAAGUGAGCUAGGACGCAGUGAAAUAACUUGCUAGCCAUUAGCUAACUAGCCUCCAUAGCAUUUAGCCGCCUAGCCGAGCUAAUUGGCUAACGUGUAAUUACAUGGGAACGUCCUGUCUGAAAAGCAGACGCGGGUGGGCGAAAUAAUUUAGGCGUGCACCCGAGAAUGGUCUACGGAUGAGGGGAUUUAAACGGGGAAUUCGUCGUUUUCAGCGACAUUAUUCCCGUCUUUAGCUAAGUUUUUUGUAGCUCCAGACAGACGCUUAUAGGCUAGUAUGCUAGCUCGUAGACAUGGCUUGUUUUCGUCAAACAAGCUGACCGCUUAGCCUACCGGUAGAGUUUACGCAGGGCUCAAAUACCUUAUAUUUUUUAUCGUUUACUCCUUCAAAAACUACACUUAAAUAACGAUUGUUUUUUGUUGUUGUUUUUUUUGCGUGUAUCAAUAUGCGUACGCCCGAAAGAGCUGUUUGACUGAUUUGAGCUGACGUAACGACAGGAGAAGAAGACUUUUACGUGAUAAUUGCCAAAGGAAAACAACCAAAAAGUCCAAUCAAGUGUGGAUUAGCUUCAAGUGACAAAAGUCGGUGUUUUCGACUAUGGUCGCCGGGCGAGCCACAACGAUGCACUCCUUGGCAAAAUUCGGCUUUUGCGUGGCUCUUCUUCUAACUCCGGUGGCCGCGGCACAAGGCGAGGAGCGAGAGUGUGCCUUCACAGACCAGCAGCAGCAGUGGGAGGUGGAGCGAGUGGCGGGGGGCGAGGGUCGGGUCUCCCAAGAAAACACCACCAUCCGAUGCGCCAAGGGCAGCCACUGCUUUGGCCUAUGGGAGAAAAGCCCACCCGGUGAAGUGCGACUCGUCAAACAAGGUUGCUGGACUCACCUUGGAGACAACCAAAGUUGUCGUGACGACCGCUGCGUGGUCAACAGCCUGCAUCCACAGAACGGGACGUACCACUUCUGCUGCUGUGGCAGUGACAUGUGCAAUGUCAACUUCACAGAGGAUUUCCUGUCACCCAGCCCCACCACGGCGCAGCCCAUCUACCCUAACACACUGCGCUACGGCGAGCCAAUCAUUUUCGCCGUGGCAACCGUCUCUGUGCUGGCCGUGGUUGCAGUAGCCGCUUUCUUUGGCUACCGCAUGAUGCACGGAGACAGUAAGCAAGGUCUUCACAAUCUCAACAUGAUGGAGGCUGCUGGCUCUGAAAGCUCCCUGGACCUGGAUAAUCUCAAACUCCUGGAGCUCAUUGGCCGGGGCCGAUAUGGCGCCGUCUAUUGCGGCUCCCUGGAUGAGCGGCCGGUUGCAAUCAAGGUUUUUACUGCCAACAACCGCCAGAACUUCCUCAAUGAGUGCUCCAUCUACCGGCUGCCGCUGCUGGAGCAUGAUAACAUCGCCCGCUUUGUGGCUGCCGACGAGCGGACGGGCCUGGAGGGACGCACCGAGUACCUGCUGGUCAUGGAUUACUACCCACAUGGUUCCCUCAGCCGCUACCUGGGUGUCCAGACCAAUGACUGGGUCAGCAGUUGCCGUCUUGCUCACUCAGUCACUCGCGGCUUGGCGUACCUGCACACUGAACUCUUCAAAGGAGACAUGUACAAGCCAGCCGUCUCCCACCGGGACCUGAACAGCCGGAAUAUUCUGGUUAAGGCUGACGGCACCUGUGUAAUCAUCGAUUUUGGCUUGUCCAUGAAGCUGACGGGAAACAGGCCCGCACGGCACGGCGAGGAGGAAAAUGCUGCUAUAAGUGAGGUGGGCACCAUCCGCUACAUGGCGCCAGAGGUGCUGGAGGGAGCAGUCAACCUACGGGACUGCGAGUCUGCGUUGAAGCAAGUGGACAUGUACGCCCUGGGCCUGGUCUACUGGGAGACCUUCAUGAGAUGCACCGACCUUUUUCCCGGCGAAUCCGUACCAGAGUACCAGAUGGCCUUCCAGGCGGAAGCCGGCAACCACCCAACGUUUGAGGACAUGCAGGUGCUGGUGUCAAGGGAGAAACAGCGGCCCAAAUUCCCAGAGGCCUGGAAAGAGAACAGCCUGGCGGUUCGCUCUCUAAAAGAGACGAUGGAGGACUGCUGGGACCAGGACGCCGAGGCCCGUCUCACGGCCCAGUGUGCUGAAGAACGGCUGGCGGAACUGCUCCUCAUUUGGGACCGCUCCAAAUCAGUCAGCCCCACGCUCAACCCCAUGUCCACUACGCUGCACAAUGAGAGGAACCGCGUGACGCCCAAGUCUGGCCCCUAUGCUGACCUCUCCUCCACCUACAUUGAAGAAAACGAGGGUGUGGCUAAAAACACACAAGCCGACACCACGGGCUCCGCAAGUGGCCGAGUGGGGGUCGGCGCCGGGGAGAGAAACAGGAACUCCAUUAACCAAGAACGCCAGCAGCAAGCAAACGCCCGUCUGCCGAGCCCAGAAGGUAGCAGCACCAGCGGCGCUGGAGGGGGCCUCAGAGGGAGCCCCUCCGCCUCCACUACAACCACCACUAUUAUUUCUGAGUCUGAGGAGACAACCGGGGGCGCCUCAGUCCCGGUCUGCCUUCACUUAACUCAGGAAGAUCUGGAGACCACCAAGCUCGACCCAAAAGAGGUGGACAAGAACCUGAAGGAGAGCUCAGACGAGAACCUGAUGGAGCACUCGCAAAAGCAGUUCUGCUCGCCAGACCCGCUGAGCCCCGGCAGUUCCAGCCUGCUGUACCCGCUGAUCAAGAUGGCCAGCGAGGCGUCGGGCGCCCCCGACCCCGCCACUUCCAUGCCUGCCACCAUUUUCCCUCUUCCCAAGCAGCAGAACCUGCCCAAACGGCCGUCCAGCUUGUCGUUGCGCAACAAGCCCGCCAAGAAGGAGUCCUCGUCCUCGUCACUCAGAUUCAAGUUCGGACGCUCCGGGAAGUCCAACCUACGGCAGGUGGAAGGAUCAAAGAUAAACAGCGGCGCGGUACCUGGCCCGGUCAUGGCCGCUGAAGGUCACCGGGGCACAACGAUAAAUAACAUACCCGCUCUCCGAGACGCGCACGCCAACGGCGGCGUAAACGGCACCGUUAACGGUCACACCAGCAGCACCAUCCCGUCUGUGGCCUCAGGUGGCGAUACAGGUUUUGGAGCAUCCGGUAUCAUUCCGAACGGAACCGGAGUUCUACGGUCUGACGACAGUCGCCUCAGCCUCGGCGUCAUCACAGCCAGCCCCGACGAACACGAGCCGCUGCUGAGCCGAGAGCAGGCGGAUCCGAGGGACGCGUCUUCAAGCAUGGCCGUGCUGCUCUCCGCUCGGCCGAACGCCAACAACAACAACAGCAACACGGGCCGCGGCGGCGGCGGCGAGAGCGGCGGCGAGAGCGAGGGAGCGGAAGAAGACCCGAGCGCGCAGGGAGAAAACGGGGAAACCGGCGGCGGCCCCACGGCGGAAAGCGCCGGGCCUUGCUCCGCUGCGUCGGACUUCCCGGUCACCAUGCGGGAGGAGUCCCUGCUCAGGCAGCCCAGAGCUCGCAGACCGGAGAGACCAAACUCCCUGGACCUGUCCUUCACCACGCAGGACCUGACCUCAUUAGGUGACUGCUUGGGGCAGCCAGACAGCGGCGACAAGAUCAAGAAGCGCGUCAAGACGCCGUACUCCCUGAAGAAAUGGCGGCCGACCACGUGGGUCAUCUCCACAGACACCAAGGGGCUCGAGGUCAACAACAACGGGUCUGCCCGGAACCAAGGCCACAACAGGCCCAAGUCCACCUCGGCCAUUUACCUGCGUGGCGGAGAUUUGGUCAGCGAGCGCGGCGACACGCACGUGUGAGCAUCCAUGAAGACUGAACAAAACUGAGCUAUUUUUUGGGGAGGGCGGGAGUGGGUGGGUGAGGGGGGGGUGGGUUUGUGCGCCCCUCUGAAUCAGCAAGAGGAAGCUACAAGGGACUGGUGUGGCCUGAGAAAGUCCGAUCGUGUACAGCAGUCAAAGGUCUCGCUGCUGUGCGUCUUUUUCGACGGCGCCGUCGCUUUAAACGGAAUGCGAGCUAUGCAGCAUUUGUCGCCCCGCGUCACACGUCCACGUCCAAGCCUUUUUUCUUUUUUCCGCGUGCACUUUGAGCCGAUGAGAUCGGCGUUUCUGUCCCGCCGUGACUGCGAUGCCGCGCCGUCUCUAAACAAGGCGACGAAGACGAAACACAAUCGAGUACGAGGCCCCGUUUUGGGAGGAAGAAACGGUCUUAAAAGACGCAACAACCGACUUUUUAUUUGUAUUUCCUUGAUUUUUUUUUUGUAUGCGGCAUCUCUUGUCUUUGACUAUCCAAUGUUUUGCAUCAUUUUAAUUGUGCAAUAGGAUGUAGAUUUUAGAUGCUUUUGCUCGUUUAGCAUCCAUUGUUUGUAGCCCAUAUUUUAAAUGUCAAUCUCCUUUGCACUUAUGAUUCGUCACAAUCGUUACGCUUCACGCUACAUCGUCAAGCCGGCCCCGAGGAGACAACAAAUGACAAUCCUUCUCUUUUUUUUCCCAAGGAAGGCACAAACAAUCACGUUCCUUGAAUGGGAGGAGUCUUCUCGGGAAUUUCCCUCGCCCGUUUCACACAAUCACACCAUCAAUGGCAUUUUCAUUUUUUUUUUUUUUUUUAAUGCUCAUGAUCUUAAGGCUGUCGUCCCAGUGUCACCUGACUUGUGCGUGUAACUUUCUGGAUGUGACUGAAAUUCCGAACCCAGAGACGUCAUGUCCUGUAUGUGUUCUUUGGGAAACUGUGCUGGAAAUGAAACAAAAAAAAAAAAAGAAAGAAAACCAACCCCCUUCCAAAGCACGCUGAAUAUGAUUUCUGCUCCUUCUGGUCACAUUGCUUGAUAUUUCAAUGGGUUGGUUGUGUUUGUGUGUUUCUUCAUUUGCUUUGCUGGAGCCCAGUGCUGUAUACACUCAACGCUUGUUCUCAUUGUGUAUUCUCUGUGCCACAUCAGGACCGACAAAAAAAAGUCUCAUUUAUGUUUUUGUAAUCUGUCAUUUGUAUGCAAGAACAAAAAGAAACAUUUAUUGCAUAACUUUUAUGGGAUUCUGUGUUGCAGUCAAUGGACAUUGAUGGCCUUUGAUUCCGUUGCUUCACGUUUGCUCAAUAAAGUUUCUGUAAAAAAUUUUAAAAGUUAGUAUGGAAGAAAUAAAUCUCAAUAAAUGUAUG